CGCGUAUCUCAGUGCCCGCUGCCCUCCGCCGCUUGCGCCUCGAGCUCUUCACACGCGUCCAUCAUGGCUUCUACCGAAGAACCUGCGAUUUCUGCACUCGUUUACGACUAUUUAUUGAAAAAGGACACAUCGCUGGCAAAAGUUUUCCAGAAAAAAACAAGUGCACCUGAACUUGCUAAAGGCUCUCCAACAAUUCUCCAAGUAUUUCAGCACUUUCAAAAAAGCUCUCCUAAAAAAAUUAAUGUCAAAGCACAAAAGAAAAACAGCAGUUCAGACUCGAGCUCAGAAAGUGAAGAAGAAGUACCUAAAAAAGCUCCGGUUGUCAAUGGCAAAUCUCCAGCAACAAAAGUCAUAGCUAAGAAGAAGGAGAGUUCCUCGGACGAAUCGUCAAGUGAAGAUGAAAAACCAGCCCCUAAAGUUAUCCCUGCCAAGCCUCAGCCCAAGCCUGCUGCUAAAGUAGCACCUGCUGCGCAAGAAUCUAGUUCUGAAGACAGCUCCGAAGAUGAAGCUCCUGCUCCAAAAGUUCAGAAAAAAGCCAUAGUUCCAGCUGCAGCUAAACCAGCUGCAGUUAAACCAGCUGCAGCUAAACCAUCUGCAGUUAAACCAGCUGCAAAAUCAGAAUCUUCGAGCGAAGAGUCUGACUCCGAAGAAGAAGUAAAAUCAAAACCAGCUGCAAUAGCUGCUCCAGCAAAAGUAGCUGUUAAAACUACACAGGCAAAACCUGCAGUGGCCGUAAAGAAAGAAUCAUCAAGCGACAGCGAUGAUAGCGACGAUGAACCAGCCGUUAAAACAGUUGCAAAACCUAAAACCAUACCAGUAGCAAAGAAGGAAUCCUCUAGUGAUGAUUCUGAUGAUUCUUCUGAUGAUGAAAAACCAGCACCAAAACCCACAGCUAAAGUUGUUUCAAGCAAACCAGCUGCUGUAACAAAAACUGUCUCUAAGCAGGUUGUAAAAGACGAGUCUUCUGACGAAUCAUCAGAAGAUGAAAAACCAGCUGUAGUUCCGGUUGCCAAACCAGCAGCUAAAACAGUCAAGCCCAAAUCGAGUAGCGAAGAUUCUGAUUCAUCUGAAGAUGAAAAGCCUGCGCCUAAACAAAUAGCUGUGACUAGCAAAAUUGUAAAAGAAGUUGCCAAACAAGCUACGCAAUCAUCAAGUGAAGACAGUAGCGAUGAAGAACCUCCGAAGAAAAAAUCCGCAGUUGUUCCUCCUAAACCUGUGGUUAAGCAACAAAAGAAAGAUUCAUCUAGCGAUGAUUCGGACGAAUCAUCUGAAGACGAGAAGCCUGCCUCCACUCCAGCUGGCAAGCCUACGCCAGUCAAAGUCACUGCUAAGCCUACCGGCAAAAAGGAAUCUUCUAGCGACGAAUCUGAUGAUUCUUCAGAUGAAGGAACUUCUGUAGCCAAGGUUGCUGUUAAAGCGAAACCUGCUGCUAAACCAGCUGCUAAAGAGGAAUCUAGCUCUGAAGAAAGUGAUGAAGAUGAAACACCAACCCCUAAGACAGCUGCUGCUAAGCCAGAAAAAAGGAAACACAAAUCAGAGGACGAUGAUGAAAAUAAAGAAGAAGCACAACCGAUUGUAAAGAAACAAAAGAACAAUUACAGCAACUUUGUGAAAGCAGGCACCACAACAAAUGGUGAACAGAAAAACGCACCAUUUAGGCGUGUGAGGGAUGAGGAAAUCGAAGUUGAUCCGAGAUUGGGCAGUAAUGCAUUUGAAGCAAAGCGUGGUUCUCGUGGUUCUUGGGGAGAAAGAGCCAAUUCGGACUUGAAAUACACAAGAGGAAAAUCCUUCCGCCAUGAAAAAACGAAAAAGAAACGUGGCAGUUAUCGUGGUGGUCAAAUAGACAUGGGGGUAAAUUCUAUCAAAUUUACCGAUUAUUAAUAGAUGAUAUUUUCUACUUGAAACUUGAUUUAUGGUAGAUACGCGAUAAUUAAGACCGCCAAAAAUGUAUUUUUUAUUACACCCAAUGACUAACUUAUUGCGUACCCUUACACCAGUUGAAAAUAAUUAUUACUUGCAGACACAAUUUCAACUUGUAUCAGUCGACUCACAUCAUACUAUUUAUUCUUUAGCUUACAGAAGCUAAGUUGACAUUUUUUAACAAUUUUAUUCAGUUUGCAACGAUUAAUUAAGCAAUGAUUGAAGGAAAAAUUCCUAUUCAAUACUUAGGAAUACGCAAACGAUCCGUGAAAAUGGAUAAACAUGAAAUCUUAUGACGUUUGAAUUGUGAAAGAGUAGUUUCACGUCAUUCCCGAACUUUUUUCUCUAUAUUUCCGGAGAAAAUAUGUUAAUUAAUUCACCAUAAUAAAAUAUUGUCAUGCGACUGCUGAUUGAAUUAAUGAAUCGAUUCAUGUCACACGCAAAAUGUGAAUUUGCUAUUAUAUUGCAUUUAAACAGAACAGAAAUAUAUAACCCAUUACUUUUACAUAUAGCACAAGCACUGCAACGACCCCCUGGAAAAUUCUUGUUAAUUAUUAUUUGUUGUAAAAAUAUCAGUAUGAAUGUUGAAAGAUAAUUAAACCUAUGGACAUUUAUGAAAUUAUUUUGUAUUAUAUAUACGUAUAACAAUUUGUGUAAAAUCAACUUGAAUUAAAUGCGAUCCAACCAACGAUCCAUUGAUACUGAAUAAAAUGUUGAUCUCUCUGGA